AUGGAGUUGACUGCAUCAAAUGUGGUUGGUCUCAGGUGUGCAGCAGAGUACCUCCAAAUGAGUGAGAACUAUGGAGAGGGGAACCUCAUCAUGCAAACAGAAAAAUUCCUUAAUCAUGUGUUUGGUUACUGGACAGACAGUAUCGUUGCUCUUAAAACAUGCGAGGAGGUUUUACCUAUGGCUGAAGAGCUUCACAUCGCUUCACGUUGUAUAAACUCUUUGGUGUUGAAAGUAGCAGAUCAAAGUUUGGUUAAUUUGCCUGUCUCAUCAGGUCCAAGAGUUGCUCAGAGUCUAGAGGAUGCAGAAGUGUGGAAUGGAAUAAGCCUAAACCAAAGGUUCAUACGAAGUGCUAGUGCGACGGUGAAAACGCCAUCCUCGGUCUCGGUGCCGGAGGAGGCGUCGCGGUUGACGGUGGACGACGGGGACGACGAUGGUAAAUCUCGGAAUUCCAUGUCGAGAUCGAGUAAUCGGAUUGCAAAUCGUUUUGGAGAGGGUUUUGGGGAAGAGAGAGAUGAAAAACCCUAA